UCGGUCCCUGAGCAGCAGUCUGUAUGCUCUACAGAGAGAGACAGAGAGCACAGACACUGAGAGAGAAUAGAGAGAGAGGUACAGAGAGAGAGAGAGGAAGAGAGAGAACACUCAGAGAGAAUAGAGAGAGAUACAGAGAGAGAGGGAGAGAGAGAAUAGACAGAGAAUAGAGAGAGAACAGACUGAGAGAGAAUAGAGAGAGGUACAGAGAGAGAAAGAGAGAACGGGGAGAGGGAGGAGAGUAAGAGAACAGAGAUAGAGAGAGAAAAUAGGGAGAAAUAGAGAAUACAGAGGGAGUGCAAGAGAGAAAUAGAGAGAGUAGAGAAAUAGAGGGUAGAAUAGAGAAAUAGAGAGAGGGAGAAUAGAGAGCAGUGGGGUAGGAAAGAGGGGAGAAAUAGAGAGAGGGACAACAUGCUGCUCCAUUUCAGUAUCUACACCGGCCUCCUGUUGCUGGUCAACUCUGCACAAGGGGCCGUGAAGCUCAGUGUCAAUCCGGCAAGUGGGAAUGUCCGGCUGGGAGAGAGCAUGACUAUCAUCUGCAAAGCUGAAGGAGGGGAUGUUGACUCCAUCGCCUGGUACAACGCUGAAGAGGACGAGGUGGAGGAGAGUGAGCACACCAGGGUGACAGGGGAUGAAUACACGUCUCAGCUGCAUAUCAUCGCUGCCGUGCCAGAGGUGGGGGGGAUGUACUUGUGCCGAGCCAACGAGGACACCGACGCUGAGAUUAGGAAGUCGAUCACCAUCAGUGUUAUACAGGACCCUAUUUUCAAUCAUCUGCUCCCGGUCCAGGAGUUCGAAGAGGGUUCUGAUGCACUUGUGAAAUGCCAUGUGUCUGGUAUUCCCAUACCCGUUGUGUCCUGGAGACAUCCGCAGAAGAAGAUCCACCAAUCAGAACGUUACACGAUCGACUCCACCGGGAACCUGGUGAUCAAAAACAUCCAGGCGUCGGACGCAGGAACGUACCAAUGUGUUGGAACCAUCGCAGAGAGGCAGGUAGAGAAAGACCUGCCAAUCAAAGUCAAUGUCAAUCACGUCCCCAUCUUCGUCCCUGUGGACCCCCACCUCCUGUACAGCUGGCUGGGAAACCCCGUCAACCUCUCCUGCACAUUCUGGUCCUAUCCCAGGGCGGAGAUCACCUGGAGCCGGAGCGGAUCGGAUCUUGGGGGCAGCGGUCGCGUCUUCCUCUCCGAGAACUCGACGCAGAUCAGGAGUGUCCUCCAGCUCCCGGUGAACUCCACGGAGGAUUUCUCGGAGUACAGAUGCAACGCCGGCAACUCCCGGGGCAGUGCGUCCGGCACCCUGAUCCUUCGUGAGGGAGGAAUUCCGAGCCCCCCCCGGGACGUGACAGCGGACCCUCACUCCACCACCAUCGAGGUCUCCUUCUCCGGGCCGGACGACGACGGCGGGAUCCCCAUCCUGGGAUACCUGCUGGAGUGGAGGCGGAAUUCCACGCGGGAGUGGAACCGGAUGCGGAUCGAUCGCGAACGCUCCCGAGUCAGUGCAUUGGAUCCCUACACCCCGUACCAGAUCCGUGUGGCCGCCUUCAACGGGAAAGGCGAGGGCAAUUACUCCGGUAUCGUUUCCACCAGGACCCUCUCGAUGCGGGAACCGGACCGUCCCGUGGUCUCCACCAGGACAGACAGCAUGAGCAACAAUAUCCAGAUCUUCUUCGAGGACGUGGAGAGUGGAGGGAGCCCAGUUCUGCGGCACUUCGUCAGAUACAAGGAGGUACAAGCUGAUCAAUGGGAGAGUGUUACCGUCAAUGAUUCCAACUCCUACCUCCUGCAGGAUCUGACCUGGGGCUCCGACUAUGAGCUGCAGAUCCAGGCGGAGAACAGUUUGGGUCAGUCAUUGACCACCUAUCUCAACGUCUCCACGCCCCAGAGACCACCCGCUGCUGCCGUUGGAGAGCGCCCCAAGGUCGGCACCGGCGGCGUGGUUGGCAUCAUCCUGGUCAUCUUCCUGGCGCUGCUGCUGGUGGUGGACGCGGUCUGUUACCGCACCCGGCGCUGUGGCAUCUUCAUGUGCCUCGCCGCCAACCUGCUGGGGCGGCGCGAGCCCGAGCACAAGAGCCUGGACCACGAGGCGGACCAGUCCGCGUGCAGGAUGACAUCGUCGACUGACAAGGUCUCCUCGUUGACACCCAUCUCCAAGCACUGCUGACGGGCCCCUCCCCACCCCGAAUCCUGGCCUGCUGACUGGAGGUGCACAGGGUGAUCCCACCAGACGAGGCUCUCUCCGCCUCCCCAGCCACCCCGGGACCUGAAGGCUAGUCUGCCUGUGCCGAACACCGUUUGAGGAUCGACUCGCUCCCGCUGGGGACUUGGGUGUGCUGUCACUUUAAGGGGCAUCAGAGGGGGCUGGGAUCCUUUAACUUCCGCACCCCCCCACACAAUGCCCGAGGGGGAUGUCCCAGUCACACAGGGAGGGCUGUGGGGGGGGAUCAGAGAGACAGGGAGGGGUGUAGGGGAAGAGG